AUGGAGGAGGAGGAGACGAACUUGGGCGCCGGUGGUUCUACCCCGGCAACGAACGUCGGCGGGGAGGACGCCACUCCUUCCCAGCCCGGUGCGGGCGCUCCCUCGGCGGACCAGGAGGACAUUGAUACUGUCAUCGGGGAGGUCGCCAUGGACGCUGAGGCCAAGGCCAACAAGAUCACCGCCGAAGAGGCCGCCAAGGGUGCUGCCGAGGGCACCACCAAGGAGCCAGCCGGGGAGGCUGGCAAGGCCGCUGUCGAGGAGGGGGCGGCGGAGGCGGACCUCGAGGAGCGCAUCGCCGAGGCGCAGGCUUGGUUCUGUCAGGCCCAUGAGGAGCUGAAGGUUGCCCAGGACCUGCUGGCCGAGCGCAAGCUAGAGCUUGUCAUGAAGCAGGAUGACAUCGAGAAGGCCCAGGACGAGGCGAGGGCGCAGGCCGCCAAGGAUGAGGCUGCUCGACAUCAGCCCCAGGCCGAACUGAACUCCUGUGAGGAGGAUCUCGCCGCCCGUGAGGAGAAGCUUGUCGCCACACUCUGCGGAAAGGAUGAGGAGAUCGGGAAACUCGUCGCGCAGCGGACCCAGGAGCUGGAGCAGAAGCACAAGGAGGCGCUCGAUGCUCAAGCUCUGGUCCAUGCCGGCAAGGUGAAAGAGCUGGAGGUAGAACGAGACCGGCUGAAGGAGCAGGCUCUAAAGGUGGCGGAGGAGAAGGACACGCUCAACGGUGCCUUGGUGGAGGCUCAGGGCGCGGUCCUUGGCAAGGCUGAGGAGCUCUCCCGGGCCAACGACUCCAUAAAAGACCUUAAACUGAAGCUGGAGGAUAAAGAAUAG